AGCAAAUCUUGUUUCAGUUGGGUAAUUGAUUGCAAUAUCCAGACACUCCAACUGAGACAGCCACGUAUUCAUUUUUGUCGCUGUCUAGCUAAUAGUACAUAUGUUAGCCAACAACGCAGUACCAAUGCCAGCCCAAUACAUCGCCAAUUCAGCAGAUAGCGACGCGGCACAGCUCCAAGCGCUGUCACUCAUCAUGGCCGACGAAUUGGUUCUAGCUACCACGCCAGCUGAGGGUGUUCGCGUUCUCGCCUUCAACAGACCCGCCAAGCGCAACGCUCUCUCCCAGGAACUCAUCAACGUCUUCUUGCACCACUUGUCGGAGGCCUCGCGGAAUAAUGCUGUGCGUGCCAUUGUUCUCACGGGCAGCGGCGCCUUCUUUUCCGCCGGAGCCGAUAUCAAAGAGAUCUCGGCGCUCGACGGGGAAGCUGCGCGGGGUUGCCGCUAUCUCGCAGACCUCUGCGCGGGGAUGCGAACUGUGCGCAAGCCCCUGAUAGCUGCUGUGGAGGGCAUGGCGCUCGGUGGGGGCUUCGAGGUCGCUCUGAUGUGUGAUUUGAUCUUUGCAUCCACAACCUCUCAAUUCGGACUUCCAGAGGUCACCAUCGGCCUUAUUCCCGGCGCUGGAGGGACACAACGAUUGACAAACGCUGUGGGAAAGUUCAAGGCUAUGCAAAUGAUCCUUCUAGGGUCCCCCAUCUCAGCAGCAGAGGCCAACUCGACCGGCCUUGUCGCUCAACUCUUCGAGCCUGGCCAAGUGCUGGAGAACGUCGUACAGACAGCAUCCAGGCUGGCCGGACUGAGCCCAGCGGCACUGUCGCUGGCGAAGGAGGCUGUUUGUCGAUCCGAUGACCUUGGCUGUGAUCACGAGUUUGAGCGGAGUUUGUAUUAUUUCGCAUUCGGGACACGGGAUAAAGAUGAAGGAGUGAAAGCCUUCCUAGAGAAGCGAGCACCAUCUUGGGGUUCUUAGUGCGCGCUGAUUACGGCAUCCGUCAAUAUCUUGGAUAACUAUAUCCUACAACGGCAUUUGCCAAUAGACGAAUGUCUCAUACGGCCUUAGAAGAUGGUGGAAGGAUGGAAACUAGCUAGCCAAGAUACCUUUCAUUAUACCUACUGCUGGCGUUAUGCAGUCGACGUUGAUAGCGGGAUCAUCAAUUGCAAACACGUGUCUCUAUAUGUCCCGCAUCCAACUCGGAAUGUUCAGAAAUUUCUCCGAUAUGGUAAGGCUUUUUAUAUUGCAC